AUGGCAUGGGGCAGGGCUUCCAGGAUUACUGAGUGGCUGAGAGUGAAGGAACUGGACAAGAAGGCUGCUGCACUAGGCAGGAAGCUGGCAAAAGGUCUGGAGACUGAUGAAGAAGAGGAAGAGGAAGAAGAUUUCUAUUAUACAUCUGAGACUGGGGCCUCGGGCACUAUCUUCAGCCCUGUGAAGAGCUGCUCCAGACUCUGCUCUGCACGAGACCUCUUUGCCAUCCCAACGCCACAGAGUUUCCAGGUUGGGAUUAAUGUAAUUGAAGCACAGAAGUUGGUGGGGGUGAACAUCAACCCCUUUGUUGUAGUCAAGGUGGGAGAGGAAAAGAGGCACACAGCAAUGCAGAAGUCAACAAACUGUCCCUUCUACAAUGAAUAUUUUUUGUUUGACUUCUAUGAGCCAAGGGACAUCUUAUUCCACAGACUCAUAGAGAUCUCGGUUUUUCACUCAAAGAAGAACUUGCAUAGGAACAUUAAAGAUGGAUGUUGAGAAACUUGCAUGGGAACUUGCAUAGGAACAUUCAAGAUGGAUGUUGAGACAGUGUACAGCCAGCCAGAUCACAGGUUUUUCCAGAAGUGGGCAGUUAACAGUGACCCCAUGGACACCCAGGCAAGUGUAAAAGGCUUUGUGAAGUGCAACAUCUCUGUCUCUGCACGCGGGGAUAUUAUGGGAGAGAGGCAGAACAUGAAUUUGUCUUUCAGGAAUCUGCUGCUGCCUAAGAGAUUCCCUUCAGAGAGACCCUGGGCCAGGGUCUGCAUCAAACUGUAUUCUGCUGAGGGCCUGUCCAGCAUGAGAGCAGGCAUCAUGGGUGGUAUCUCCAAGAUCAUAGGGGAGAGAAAAGUCUUUAUUGACCCAUAUGUGCAGGUCUCAUUCUGUGGGCAGCAGGGGGAAACAUCAGUGGAGACCAACACUACUGAGCCUGAGUGGAACGAGCACACUUUUGUUGAGAUGUUCCCUCCGAUGUCCAGGAAGAUAAAAGUCCAGGUGCUGGAUGAUGCCAGUGUCAGAGAUGUGGCCAUUGCUACACACUACAUUGACCUGCAGGAGAUCUCGGACCCUGACAGGAAAGGCUUUAACCCUAUGUUUGGCCAAGCCUGGGUGAACCUGUAUGGCUCCCCCCAGAACUCAGCUCUGUGGGAUGUCCACAAAGACUUCAAUGAAGGCAUGGGUGAGGGCAUCUUCUACCGUGGUCACAUCCUUAUGGCCAUCACAGUGGAGAUCUUCAGCAGCCCCAGUGCAGCAGAGAGGAAGCUUGGGUCUUACAGCUACCUACCCAUGACACAUGAAAAACCCUGUAUGUAUGUAUGGAGCUACUGGGAGGAUCAAGCCUGGAGACUCUGCAUUUCCAACCGGAUUGUCAGACUGGCAGAGUGCCUGGAGCAGGGGUUGGAUGAUGUGGGGAAGCUCUUGAGAAGAUCACAGGCUAAAGCAGAAGACUGGCUCAGAGAGGUGCUUGAGGAAUUUGUAUCUGGAUGCAGGCAAUAUUCACUCAGCGCAGAGAGAGAAACAAUGGCUCAUCCAAAUAACCUGGACAGAUGUCGGACAAAAUACCUGAUGCACAACAUUAUCCUGUAUUCAAAGCAGGGGCUCCGUGUGAGGCAGCACCUGACCCAAGACAAUGUCAAGGAGAAGGUUAAGGAGACCAGGAGGAUCCUGGCAAAGAUACGCUUCAUGGCUAAAGAACCUCGGUGCACUCUCCCUGAUGUACUCAUCUGGAUGCUCAGCAACAACAGGCGUGUGGCAUAUGACAGAAUUCCUGCACAAAACAUCCUCUACUCAGUAGUUGAAGAGGAGAAAGGCAAGGACUGUGCAAAGAUCCAGACUGUCUUUAUGAAGGUCCCUGGCUUACACACUGGUGAGAUUUUUGCCAAACUGGAAAUCUACAUGUGGCUUGGGGUAACCAAAUACGCGAAAAACUGUUUGGCAGAGCUGCCUGAGGAGUUCCUUUCUGAGAGUGAGCAGGAGAUAGCCCAGCUCUCAGCAUACAGCCCUCCCAGCCAGCUCAACAGGGAUGACUUCAGCUAUUUCCAGCUCUGAGCCCAUCUGUAUCAGGCUCGAGGGAUCCUUCCUGCAGAUGAUAAUGGCCUUUCAGAUCCAUUUGCAAGAGUGGUGUUUUCAACUCAUUGCCAGACCACUAGGAUGCUGGAGGAGACACUGAGCCCUAUGUGGAAUGACCUACUUUUGUCUGACCAGGUCAUUAUUGAUGGGAAGAAAAAAGAGUUGAAAACAGAGACCCCCAUCAUCAUAAUCAACCUUUUCAGCCACAAUAAAUUUGGCUCCCCUGAUUUCCUUGGGCAGGCCUUUGCUGUCCCACAGGUGAAGCUGGUCGAUGAGCCUUAUACUAAACCUGCCCUGCAGUUCUUCGAUUUCUACAGAGGCAGCAAAGCAGCAGGAGAGCUCAUUGCCACUUUUGAGCUGAUUGAGCUCGAUUACAGUGGCUAUUUGGAGCCAUCAGUGCCUGAGGAUGUGGAGCCCAAGGAGCCCAGCUACCUGGAAGACCCCCAUGCUGGACGGUUCAUCAUAGUACUGAAGGAGUUCUGCAUAGAGAUCCUGUUCUGGGGCCUGAGGGACCUGAAGAGAGUGAACUUGUUUGAGGUGGAUGAGCCCCAGGUGAUCAUUGAAUAUGCUGGUAAGAAGGUGGAGUCAGAGGUGAUUGUGUCCUACAAAGAGAACCCCAACUUCACUGAGCUGGUCAAAUGCAUGGAUGUAGAGCUUCCAGAGCAGAUAUACCUGCACCUUCCCCUCAGCAUCUUUGUGGUGGAAAAGCGUGCUUUUGGGCGCACUGUGCUUGUGGGUAGCCAUGUCGUGUCUGAUGUGAUGAAAUUGUCUCCCAGAAGGCUGGAGGAGGAACCAGAGAAUUUUCCCAAAGCUUGCAAUGUCUCAUCUCACCGUCUUCCAUCUCAGACUGUGGUAAACAUUGGACUGGCAGCUGGUUCCAUCACUCACUCCCUUAGUUUCGUGAAGGAAGAUGAAUAUGAAGAGGAUAAACCAGAACUGGAGGAACUGGAUUGGUGGUCCAAGUACUAUGCGUCCCUGAAAGAGAUGUAUAACCAGGCAUGCAGUGAUGAGGAGGAUGCUGAGAAUGAUGACUUGAAUGAUGCAGGAAGCUCUUCCAAUGAUAUUGAAGCAGAGGAUGAGGCAGUGAUUGAAGCUGAACAUGCUCAACCCAAGAGGAAGCUCAUUGCCACCCUUCAGAUCUACAACUCUGAGCUGGAACAUGAGUUUGGUAAUUUUGAAGACUGGUUGUAUAUUUUCCCCCUUGAUCAUAGCAAAGCAAAUGAGGAUGAAGAUGGAAAGAAUGAACAUUAUGUGGGGAAGUACAAGGGCUCCUUCUAUGUCUACCCCACUGAGGAAGCUGUUACAGAGCCCAAGGUCUCCCAGGGCAUUCCAAGGAACAGACCCAUCAAGGUUCUUGUAAGAGUUUAUAUUGUUAAGGCUACAAAUCUGUCUCCAGUAGACCCCAAUGGCAAAGCAGACCCUUAUGUGGUGGUGACUGUGGGGCAGCAGCAGAAGGACACAAAGGAGCAAUACAUCCCAAAGCAGCUCAAUCCUGUGUUUGGAGAAGUUGUGGAGCUGACAGUCUCCUUUCCCAUGGAAUCAGAACUCACUGUGGCAAUAUUUGAUCCUAAUUUGGUUGGAUCUGAUGAUCUGAUUGGGGAGACCAAGAUUGAUUUGGAGAAUCGAUUCUACAGCAAGCACAGGGCCAACUGUGGAGUGGCUGCACAAUAUGACUUAAAUGGCUACAACAUGUGGCAAGAUGCUUUUAAACCCACACAGAUCUUGGAUAGUUUAUGCAAGAAAAACUCAAUCCCUGCUGCUGAGUACAGAUGGGAGGAGAUCAAAGUGGACAAUAAAAUAUUCAAGGUCCCUCCAGAGGCUUUUCCUGAAGUGGACAUUGUUGCACUGGGAGAAGAUGUGAUCCAGGCCAUUAGCUAUGAGCUCUGUGUGAUUAUCUGGAACACAGACAAUGUGAUCCUUGAUGAUGUCAACCCAGUAACAGGAGAGCCUUCCAGCGACAUCUAUGUGAAAAGCUGGAUAAAAGGUCUUGACCAUGACAAGCAGGAGACAGAUGUUCACUUUAACUCCUUGACUGAGGAAGGCAGUUUCAACUGGAGGUUCAUCUUCCACUUCAGUUAUCUCCCAACUGAGAAGGAGAUCACCUACAGGAAAAAGGACUCUAUCUUCUCCAUGGAGGAAUCAGAGUUUCUGGAACCGGCUGUUCUGGUCCUCCAGGUCUGGGAUUAUGACAGGAUUUCAGCUAAUGACUUUCUAAGCUCCAUUGAGCUGAAGAUGCAUGACAUGGUGCGGGCAGCAAAGAGCUCUGAGCAUUGCACCAUCAAAAUGACCAAGGAAAACGCAACACCUCGAGUCUCCAUCUUCCGCAAUAAGUGCUUGAGUGGCUGGUGGCCCUUCAUCAAACUCAGAGAUCAAGAAGAUGACAAGAGAGAGGAAAGGGACUACAAGAAGAAGAAGAAGAAAACAAAGUGGAGCAACUCAGUCAAACCAGAGGACAUGGAAUUCACAGACUCCAGUGGGAACAAGUACUUCCUGACGAGUAAGGUGGAAGCAGAGUUCCAACUGCUGACUGUGGAGGAGGCUGACAAAAGUCCUGUUGGCUUGGGCCAAAAAGGGCCUGAACGCCUGGAAAAGCCCAAUUGCGACACUUGCAACAAGCACUAG